AUGGUCACGACGGUCAAGGUUGAGAUUCCGCGCGAGAGCAUUAUGAAGCCGUCGUACAUGGACGACGUCUACCUGCUCAACCAGUUCGACGGCGUCAAUGACAAUCCGCCGGAGGACGGCCUGCCACUGCGCAAGUGGAUCCUGCGCGAGGUCCACGAUACGCUCGCGAAGAAUCCCAGGAAGACGGAGGUUAUUGUGAAGCUCAAGUCGGACAAGAGUGCCCGCACCGAGUUUGCUGUCGCCAUCGUCGGCGAUUACGUCCCCAACUACCUCCAGCAGAGCUGA